CUCAUUGCUAUAAAAUGUGGUCGAGGGGAAGGAGAUUACCCGUGGAAGAAGGAAAGCAAUCCCUCAUUUUCAUUGCGUAUUCUCGAACCCUAAGAGAUCACUAAAUGGCGGACACCUUCCUUUUCACCUCGGAGUCUGUUAACGAGGGUCAUCCUGACAAACUCUGUGACCAGAUCUCAGAUGCUAUUCUCGAUGCUUGCCUCGCUCAGGAUCCCGACAGCAAGGUUGCCUGUGAAACAUGCAGCAAGACCAAUAUGGUCAUGGUCUUUGGUGAGAUCACCACUAAGGCCACCGUCGACUAUGAGAAGAUUGUCCGGGAUACUUGCCGUGCCAUCGGUUUCAUCUCUGACGGUGUUGGCCUCGAUGCUGACAACUGCAAAGUUCUUGUGAACAUUGAGCAGCAAUCUCCUGAUAUUGCCCAGGGUGUUCAUGGCCACUUCACCAAACGCCCUGAGGAGAUUGGUGCGGGCGACCAAGGCCACAUGUUUGGGUACGCCACCGAUGAGACUCCAGAGUUCAUGCCUCUCAGCCAUGUCCUUGCUACCAAGCUCGGUGCUCGGCUUACUGAGGUCCGGAAGAAUGGCACUUGCGCCUGGUUGAGGCCGGAUGGCAAGACCCAGGUCACGGUUGAGUACCGCAAUGAUGGUGGAGCUAUGGUUCCCAUCCGAGUCCACACAGUCCUUAUCUCCACACAGCAUGAUGAGACCGUGACUAACGAUGAAAUUGCUGCAGACCUCAAGGAGCAUGUCAUCAAGCCAGUCAUUCCUGAGCAGUACCUUGAUGAGAAGACCAUCUUCCAUCUCAACCCAUCUGGCCGCUUUGUCAUUGGUGGUCCUCAUGGCGAUGCAGGGCUUACAGGCAGGAAGAUCAUCAUUGAUACCUACGGCGGGUGGGGAGCCCAUGGUGGUGGUGCUUUCUCUGGGAAGGAUCCAACCAAAGUCGACCGGAGUGGAGCCUACAUCGUCAGGCAGGCCGCCAAGAGUAUCGUGGCUAAUGGACUUGCUCGUCGCUGCCUUGUUCAGGUUUCCUACGCAAUUGGUGUGCCGGAGCCUCUUUCGGUGUUUGUUGAUUCAUAUGGUACCGGCAAGAUCCCUGACAAAGAAAUUCUCAAAAUUGUUAAGGAGAACUUCGACUUCAGGCCUGGGAUGAUCAGCAUCAACCUUGACCUUAAGAGAGGUGGUAAUGGGGGCGAUGGCCGAUUUUUGAAGACUGCUGCGUACGGGCACUUUGGAAGGGAUGAUCCUGACUUCACCUGGGAGGUGGUGAAGCCCCUCAAGUGGGAUAAGGCUGCUGCAUAAGAUUCACAGCAUAAGCUAUUCAAAUUACGUCGUCUCUGUAUCCGUGGUCUAUAUUUUGUUGCGAUAGACAUCCCUCGCAGCUCGUUCUGAUAAAUGAUCAACUCUUUUAUUCAUUGUAGUCCUAUUUUUUUUCAUCCUUUUGUUUUCCUGUGUUUGUGGGAAUACGUGGAAACAUCAAAGUCGAAACAUUUGAGUUGUUUUCAGGGGAGUUUGGAUUAAUGGCUUAAUCAUUGUAUGUUUUAAUUAAAACAAUUAUUGUUUCUUAUCUAA